AAAGAUAAUGGAGAAAAACCAGGGAAGAAAAUUAGGAGUUUGUUUAGAAAAAACGGUUACGCACAGGGGAAGAGAGACUUCAUGUUUGUUAUUUGUGAUAUUGAUUUACAAGGUCAAAAUGUCUAUCUGGCUUACAAUGUCGAAGUGUUAAUUCCUAUUGGCAAUGUGUUGGUGUUGGGUACUGUAGUCGACCCCUAUGGCUGAAGCGGUCAUCUAGUAUAUUUUCCUUUGUUUAAAAAAAAAAUCAAAAAAUCAAAACCCUAGAAAUCUCCGAUUAGUCUUAUUUACAUCAUUUCUGAAAUUACUUCUACUACGAAUGAAACCCUAAAAGCCAUGAAUAUUCCAUCAACACAAGAAGAAGAAGAUCCUCCUCCUUCUCCUCCUCCUCCUCUAGAAGAAACCCUCAAAGAACCAGAUGAUGAAGUUGCGGAUUCUGAAGUUGGGAAUACGAAUGAUUCCUCAAAUCAAGAUGAAGAAUCUAUUAAUAAGACUUCGGAUGCUUUAGCUAAAGGAAUUUCAUCUAUUCUCGGAACUCUAAUUAAGGAAUUUGAUACCAAGGCUCAAAAUACAGCUACAAGUCAAGACCAGCUCUCUUCCGCCAUUAAUAGACUUACUGGAGAGCUUGAUCAACUGCUAGAAGAUGCACCAUUGCCAUUUAUUAUGCAACAUGCUUCUAAAAUCUCAGGAGUUCGUAAGAGAGUCUUAUCGUUGAACUCUGUUUUGAAAUCUAUACAACGUCGUAUUGAUAAUAUAGACCGGCUGAUAUCUACCGGCGUCCCACAUGAGAAAGUAACAGCAGAAAAUUCAGGACAGAACCAGCAUUGAUUGGUUGAUGCAGGUACUAGCUCCAUUCUAUUGUCAGAUAUGUGUAAAUUAUGUAUGUGAACAAGCCGUCAACAAAAUAUUGAAGCACAGUAUGCCCUAAAUGUCAUACCAACAGAAGAUGCGGUGUAUAGUCAGGUCCUGCCAGUUGACCAAACAUUUCUCUAUUAUUUUUUGUAUCAGUUGCGUAAGUGUCAUUCCAGGAACAUGAGCUAUCCAACAACAACAACAAAAAAAAAGUCUAAAUGGUUUGGCCUUUAUAUGUUUCUAUUGAUUUUGAUGAAUUCAUCUUAACUUGGCUUGAUGUUUCGAGGAUAAAGUGGUCCCAAAAUUAAUGACAAGUCACAUAAGUUUGACACAUUCUAAGUGAUAGCAUGAUGACACAGUCUAGUCUCUUUCUUU